GGUACCAGAGAUCGUCAUGUUCCUCGGCAACGGGUCUGACGGCGGAGCAGUGCGGUACUAUAGUGUCCACGGAGUUCCUGAAAGCGUUGGAAGAGGAGGAGAAGGGGUUUUUUAAAAGAAUGUUCCCUGGUAACAAAUAGUAAUGGCAGCUGUCUUGAAGCAUUUGCACCGUAGCUGUAGAACUUGGUAUCGGAACGUAUGCUGUAGGUUAUCGACCGUACCAGCAGUGCACCCUACAACCUCGGAUAAAGAGCUUCACGUUCCCGUCAUGGCUAAAGAGGUCAUUGAAAGCCUCCAGCCAGAAUCUGGACAGGUUUUGAUUGAUAUGACUUUUGGUGCAGGAGGUCAUAGUCUGAAACUUUUGCAGUCUGCCCCUAACAUCACUCUCAUCACGCUAGAUAGGGAUCCAGUAGCUCACGACAUUGCCCAAAACCUCGCAAGAGGUUUUCCAGGUCAAGUAGUGCCCCUGCUUGGGAAGUUCAGUGAGGUUCCAGAACUGCUCUCGGCUCACGGAAUCGAACAAAAUUGUGUCGAUGGGAUCCUGUUUGACUUGGGUUGUUCCUCCAUGCAGUUUGACGUGGCGGAAAGGGGCUUUUCGAUCAGCAAGAACGGACCCCUCGACAUGCGCAUGGACGGUGCUCGCGGUGGAGACGUGCCCACGGCUGCGGACGUGCUGGCCCAGGCAGACGAAGAGGACCUGGCGAGGAUAUUCAAAGUGUACGGCGAGGAGAAGAAAGCUAAGAAAAUAGCGCGUGCAGUCAUAGAGGCCAGGUACACUUUCAAGAAGCUGGAAACCACGUCGGAGCUCUCCGAGUUGGUGGCAGCCGUGUGCGGAGGAGACCACAGGCUAGACAAGCUCCAGCGACACUCGCACGCCGCGACUAAAACUUUCCAAGCACUCAGAAUAUUCGUCAACAACGAAGUGAAUGAACUUAACUAUGCUAUGAUAAUAGCCCAGGCUUAUCUCAAACCUCUGGGUAGGUUGGUUACUUUGACGUUUCAUUCGCUGGAAGAUCGCAUAGUCAAGAGACACUUGUCAGGAAAUGUCAGUGAGAAUGCUGUAAACCCUCUUCCACUCAGAUACUCAAACCCCUCUUUAUGUCAUGACCAAGAGACUGUCAGCUGCUUGUUUGAAUCAUGCUGGCAACCUGUGCAUAAACACGUUCUCACUCCAAGUGACGAUGAAGUAGAGGCCAACCCACGGAGUCGUUCGGCUAAACUGCGAGCUGCCAUAAAAAUGAAGGUCUAGUAAAUCUAUAUGUGAGGUAACCAUAAAAUCAUCUCUAUUGGAGCAACUAUUGUGAUGCUGUUUGUUCACGGUUGUUAAGUAAGUUUUAGUUUAACUUGGUAGUCAAUAAAAUAACUUUUAAAAA